UAAAGUUUCAAUAAAAAAAAAUAUCACACAACAACCUUUUAUUUGGUCCAUCCUCCAACGUUGAAAAGAAGCAUAAAAACAAAACUUCUAAGUAGCUUCAUAUGAAUGCAAAUUAUUCAUUAGUUUUUGCUGCAAGGGAACUUGGUCGUUGCUACAGUUCAAAUCAUAGUUAACUUUUUAUUUAAGCAAAUUCGAAAGCACAAACAAUAACAUGUGUUGGAAAGACCGAUGGCAAAUUCUAUUUCUAUUGCGGACCAUUUUAUAGGUGGUCUGCAUUUGAUCAAUAUUUAAAAGUUAUCUGAAAUUCUAACAACAAUCGACGAUACUCUUUAGAAGCAUAUGUCAACAAAUUUCCUUGUCUUUAUAGCUAGAACAAUAACCCUAAUUGAGGGACACGUGUUUUUUCCUUUAUUUUAUCGAAUUGACCUCGAUCGAGUCAUUGUUUCAGCCAUAAAAACCAUGAAUGUUGUUAAAUUAUAUUUCCAAAGAGUGUCAUCUAUCGUUGUUAGAAUUUCAAAUGACGGUUAAACAUUGGUCCACAGUGAACCACUUACCAAGGUGAUAUACGGUAUCAUCCGCCUAAACUGAUUACUAAUAAAACAAUUCAAAUUUAAUGAUGAAGUUGCUGAUAUAUUCAAAGGAUGUUGGAUUAAGCUGAUCACAAAGUUUAAAAAAUAGAAGCAUAUACUUUUCAAUGCAGACAUCUCAUAUACAUAAAAUGUCAUAUGAUUCUGACAGAUUCAGCAUUGAUCCUAUACAAAAUCUAGAGUCAUAUUCCUUCAUGCCGAAUGAAAUUCUGGAAAACUACUCAUCCUCUGAUAACAGUAGCCAUUCAAUUUUAACCUACCCUUCAUUUCAUGUUUUAGAACAACAUUCCACCCUUGAAUCUUCUAUGGACAAAAAUUCUCCAUCUAGUUUUAGUUUCUCACCGAACAACAGUCCGGUCUCGAAUCUACACUCAAAUUCUUAUGCGUUCAGGUCACAGAGUUCUCUUGAAAUCAUCAAUGAUUCGUUAGAGAACGAAUCUUGUUUGAUGCAUAACCAGGAUGACUUGUGGCACAAGAUAAGAGAGCUUGAAAAUGCUAUGCUAGGACAUGAUGAUGCAGAUAUGCUAGAUAUAUAUGAUGAUACUGUGAUAAUUCAAGAAGAAUGUGAUCCAAUUUUGUUAGAGGCUGAGAAAUGGAACAAAAUGAUGGAGAUGGUAUCAAGAGGGGAUUUGAAAGAGAUGCUUUUUACUUGUGCAAAAGCGAUUGAAGCGAACGAUAUGGAAAUAACUGAAUGGUUGAUGUCAGAAUUGUCUAAAAUGGUUUCAGUUUCAGGAAAUCCAAUUCAAAGGUUAGGAGCAUACAUGCUUGAAGCUCUUGUUGCAAAACUAGCUUCUUCAGGAAGCACAAUAUACAAAUCAUUGAAAUGUAAAGAGCCUGUUACUACAACUAGUAGUAAAGAACUACUUUCACAUAUGCAUGCACUUUAUGAAAUUUGUCCUUACCUCAAAUUUGGAUACAUGUCAGCAAAUGGAGUAAUAGCUGAAGCCUUAAAAAAUGAAAGUGAAGUUCAUAUAAUUGAUUUUCAGAUUAACCAAGGAAUCCAAUGGAUAAGUCUAAUCCAAGCUCUUGCUGGUAAACCUGGAGGAUCGCCGAAGAUUCGAAUAACUGGUUUUGAUGACUCAACUUCAGCUUAUGCUAGGGGAGGAGGGCUUGAUGUUGUAGGAAAAAGGUUAUCAAAACUUGCACAAUCAUAUAAUGUAGUUUUUGAGUUUCAUGCUAUAAAGGCUGAUCCUACUGAGGUGAAACUUGAAGAUUUUGAACUACGUCACAGCGAAGCUAUUGCUGUGAAUUUCGCGAUGAUGCUACACCAUGUACCUGAUGAAAAUGUACAUGGCUGGAAUCAUCGCGACCGGUUGGUGAGAUUAGUGAAGCGAUUGUCUCCUAAGGUAGUGACUCUUGUUGAACAAGAAUCAAAUACCAACAACCUUUCGUUCUUUCCACGUUUCGUCGAGACAAUGAACUACUACUUGGCAGUUUUUGAAUCAAUUGAUGUUGCUUUGCCAAGGGAGCACAGAGAAAGGAUUAAUGUGGAACAGCAUUGUUUGGCGCGAGAAGUCGUCAAUUUAGUAGCAUGCGAAGGAUCGGAACGAGUCGAACGCCACGAGCUUCUGAAGAAGUGGAGAUCAUGUUUCACAAUGGCUGGAUUCACAUCAUAUCCAUUAAGCUCCUUUAUUAAUUGUUCAAUAAGAAAUCUUCUAGAAAGCUACCAAGGACUUUACACUCUAGAAGAGAAAGAUGGUGCUCUUUAUCUUGGUUGGAUGAAUCAGGCUCUUAUUACCUCUAGUGCUUGGAGGUGAAUCAUACUCCAAUCAGAACUUGCUUAUUUUGUUAUCAGGAUCUAUGUAUUAUCCUUAACUUCUUUUAGUUUAUGUAUCCUUAACUUGGUAGAAUAACUUCAUAAAUUAUAAAAGUAUUGUAUAUUUCUUGUCAACAAUUCCAGCACCAACAAACAGGACUA